CACGUGACUGUGUGUUCAGAGACUUCAGGACCCAGCCAUGCCCAAGUCUAAGAGGGAUAAGAAAGUUUCCUUAACUAAAACAGCCAAGAAAGGGCUCGAAGUGAAGCAGAAUCUCAUAGAAGAGCUGCGGAAAUGCGUGGACACCUACAAGUACAUCUUUGUGCUCUCGGUGGAGAAUAUGAGGAACAACAAACUGAAGGACGUCCGGAACGCGUGGAAACACAGCAGGUUAUUCUUUGGGAAGAACAAGGUGAUGAUGGUGGCAAUGGGGAAAGGAGUCAGUGAUGAAUACAAGGAUAACUUACACAAGCUGAGCAAGUGCCUGAAAGGGGAGGUCGGACUCCUGUUCACCAACCGGACAGAGAGAGAAGUGGAGGAGUGGUUUGAUCAGUACAAGGAAACGGAUUUUGCCAGAGCUGGAAACAAAGCCACAUACUCGGUGGUACUGGAUGCCGGGCCUCUCGAUCAGUUCACUCACUCAAUGGAACCGCAGUUACGGCAACUGGGACUCCCCACUGCUCUGAAAAAAGGAGUCAUCACGUUACUGUCAGACUACGACUUGUGUAAAGAGGGGGACGUAUUAACCCCUGAACAAGCCAGGAUUUUGAAAUUAUUUGGCUUCCAAAUGGCCGAGUUCAAAGUCUCCAUCAAAUCAAUAUGGACUGCAGAAACGGGCGAGUUCCAGAAAUUGGGAGGUGAGACGCAGGAGAAGAGUGAAGCGGAAGAUAUGGAUGAGGAGGAAGGGGAUAAUGAUGAUUAAGGACAAACUCCCCUACCCCCGAGCUGGAAUAUGAGAUAUGGGACACUUCUCCCCCUCUGGGACUGCUGAUACUGACAGCCAAUCAUAUAACAGAAUGUUACUGUGUUUUAACAGAUGACAUUUUGGCCUAAAAUGUAUUUAUUACAGUGGGAGGCACCGCCCUGUGACUGACCGUUUGUUUUGGUUAAGGUCACCGAGCCCUCGGCCUGUUUGUCACAGGGUUCAGAGCCGCUCUGUACUGAGCACAAUAAUCCGCUGCAUUUUAGGAAUAAAAUCAUGUGAUUUGGUUACAGAACAAGUUUCAGUUCUUGAUAAAUCCAUCUCCCUGCACCCUUCAUGGGCCCCACAGAAAAAAUGAUUUAAUAAGUAUAUAUAUUGAAUUCUGGGUCCCCCAGCAGCUUCAGGGUCUGCUUUCUCUGUAGUUACACCCCUGGGGCUAAUACAACAGGGUGAUCAGGACACAAAAUGUGGCCCCUGGGAUAGUUUCCCCAUCAGCAGCAGGAAUCAGAGUUAAGUUCUGCAUAAGAAUUUAAAGGGGAUCUGUACCCCUUUGUGAAACCAUGUUCUAAGACAGCAUGACUGGCAGCCCUAGUCCAGCAACUUCAGGGUUACAUUCUUAAAGCAGUAUUGCACAAUAAAACAUGCAGAUGUGUAUGUAUUGUGUUUGGGCUGAUGUCAUCGCACAUGUUCCGGGGGAUUUAUUAAAUUCUUUUGUACAAA